AUGAAAACAGGGCUUUCAAAACUUUUUGAACUUCAGCCUGAUCCUUACGACAAUACACAAUCAAAGUUUUUACGUAUUUGUUUGUUUACAAAUGUUGAAAAUGCUUCUGAACUGAGAGAAUUUGUUAGAAAAGGCGAAAUUGAUGCAGCCCUAAUUCGUGCAGAAUUGCUUCUCGAACCCUUUGUGUUAUUAGCCGCAGCAAAUAGAGCAGUCCAUCAGGCAGCCCAUAAUCGAAUGAUUACACGCUCUCUGAGUGCAGAAUUAAUUUAUUCUUUGUCUCCAAAUCGAAAUAUUUCUGAUUCUUUAAAUAGUUUGGAUUUUUUUUUUAAAAAUUCAGAGGGUUUAAAUUUGGAAAAUUUUUUUUAUUUCCCAAGAAAAAAUUAA